AAAAUUCUUUUUUAUCUGAAUUCUCCUUUCUUCCUGUUUAUGUUGUAGAAAGAACUCUGUUUCAAGUUCCAAACUUUCCUCUCCUUUCGUUAGCGCUGAAUGGUGAUUGCAAGAAUGACUCAGAGGAAACCAUGCUUCUUCAAGCCCAUACUACCUGGUUCAUUUCAAGAAAUUGCAAUUCCGAAUGCAUUUCUCAAGCACCUCACUGAUGAGAAUGGCGAGGAAGGAGAAGCUAUAUUGAAGAGCCACAGUCAUCGUGGGAAAUCCUGGCAUGUGAAGGUUAAGGGAUUUCAUUUUCAGGAGGGUUGGGUAGGCUUCGCUCAAGACCAUGAUCUUGUCGUUGGGGAUUUCAUGGUCUUCAGACAUGAAGGUGGUUUAGUGUUUGAAACUAUGGUGUUUGACCGUAAUGGCUGUGAGAGAAAGUAUCCAAUAUUUUAUGUUAAAAAAGAAGAUGAAACACUGGAGAAAGAUGAAAGAAGAGGCAACGAGACCACAGUUGUGGAAGAGAUUAACAGUAUGUUCAUAUAUUUAGUGGUCUGUUUACAAUCUCGUAGUUUUUCUUCAAUACUUAUGAGUUACUUACGGAAACUUUGCAUUGGCCAUGGUGAAGGACAAAAGGCAGCUAAAAUAUAUGCUACCUCUUCCAAGAUUAGGCAUACUUCUUUUGUUGUUCCAGUGAGGCGAUUUAACCUGAACUAUUCUAUAAUGAAAAUUCCGAAGGUCUUUGUGAGAUCUAUUGGCUUGAGUGGAAAAAGCUGCAAGGCAGUCCUCAGAGAUCCAAAGGGAAGGACAUGGCCAGUGAAUCUAAACUUCUUGAAAGCCGAUGGACGGAUGUCAAUAGGAAGUGGCUGGCAUAAGUUUGCAGUUUCAAAUUGCUUGAAGGAAGAAGACGUCUGCAUCUUCAAGCUCAUUUGUUCCACGCAAAUGUGUGUCCAUGGACUUAUUGGUCCUCUGUUUUUUGGAGAUGAUUUUGUAUAGAGAGUUUCCUAGCAACUAACAUUUUC